UAGUAUAGAGAGAGAGAGAGAGAGAGAGAGAGAGAGAGAGGGAGAAUGCCGUGUCUCAAUCUCUCGACGAACGUGAGUUUGGAGAGCGUCGACACCUCCGCCAUACUCGCCGAGGCCACGAAGAUCGUCGCCAACCUCAUCGGCAAGCCUGAAGCUUAUGUAAUGAUAGUACUCAAGGGAUCGGUCCCGAUGUUGUUUGGCGGUACUGAACAGCCCACAGCUUACGGCGAGCUGGUCUCGAUUGGAGGCCUGAACCCUGAUGUGAACAAAAAACUAAGCGCCGCUGUAGCUUCAAUUCUGGAGACUAAGUUGUCCAUUCCGAAGUCGCGAUUCUAUCUCAAGUUCUAUGACACAAAGGGUUCGUACUUUGGAUGGAAUGGGUCUACUUUCUAGGUUAAUCUCUUCUUCAUCUGUAUCAUAUCUCGUAUGUACGUAGAAGCUAUCUGUAGAGUUAUUGUACUGAAGAUUUUAACUUCUGCAUUUGUAUCUCCAUGUCAAGUGACUAUCGUCGGUUUUCCCGUGAACCAUGUUGAUAUGCUUUCAUUCUACCUGUUUAAUCAUAUGACGAGCAGAUUUGUAGCGAUGUGAACAGCUUUAUAUGCUAUGGUUAAUAUACUCGGAAAAAUAAACGUGGUUAUGCUUGUGUUAUGCU